CACAAGGCCGAAAUAAAACGUCACCUGACUUGUACAACUCAGCAUCCAAUUGUUGCUAUGGCGGCACAAUAAACACCAACAAAAUGGCGGCCAAGUGGUUGGGACUAUCAAUACUGCUAGAUUUUAUUUGUGGAAGUCUAGCGAGUCGCUGUUACUAUGGAUACUACAGGUAUUACUCGAUGUACCCCAACUAUUACUACCUGUCAUAUUACUGUAGUAACGGUUGCUGUGGUUACUACUACGACAGAAAAUGUUGUAACAGUGCCGGGACGAUAGCGGGGUCGGUGGUUGGGGCAUUCGUUUGUAUAGCAGUCGUCGUGGGAGUAGUCGUUUGUUGCUGGAUGAGCAAGAAACGAGCUCGGCAAGGAGUCGUCGUUCAACAAGGACGGCCGACUAAUACUACAGUGGCUGUGGUCCAUUCACAGCAGCAACACUACCCGCCGCCCCAGCCGUACGGACAGGCAGUACAAUACCAGCCUCCUAUGCCAGGAUACCCACCUCCACAACAUAUGAACCCCGCCUACCCCCCUCCUCCACCUAUGGGACCCGUACCAGUAGGAAAUGUCCACAACUACCCACCACCUCCCGCCUACCCAGGCCCUCAAAGCCUUACUCCUGUGGGCACUGCUCCAAUGAAACCUGCUUAUAUGCCCAGCCACUAAAAUGUAACUAUUUUGACAUAUCUAACUUUCCAGAUUAUAUGAUAAAACACAUAUUUUUUUUAUCAAUCUAUAAAUUUAUCAUUGGUUUUUAUCUUAUAAAUGUUCUGAAAACGAAAACGAAAAUAUUUAAACCGGUUAUAUGAUGAAUUAUCUUAAAUUCGGUGUCUUAAAUCAUUCUUUUUUUCUUCUUCUUUUUUUAAUGGUUAAAAUGAAAAUGUGAACAUAUGAUUCUUUUCAAAUGUCAGUCUAAUCAUUAUUUUGGAAUUUAAUUUGUGGUUUUGUAACAAUUCAAGAUUAAUGUUCUGAAUAUUUUGUAACAAAUUCAAUAUCAAUGUAUUUCAUUUUUGGAAUUUACAAUGUAAAAAAUGUCAGCAAUAAAAUCAAUAAUUUAUUAUUUAUACAUAUUUUGUAAAGAUGAUAAGUAUGCGCGUGUUGUUAUUUAAUUGACUUCUUUCUGAUUAUCUUGACGUAUUCUUGUUUUACAUAUAUAUUUUUACACGACCUUUUUUGGUUUUUAUCAAUUUCAUAAAAUAAUUUCAACCUGGCUUUGUUAUAACAGCCUACACAGAACCAUCCCGUUACCUAUAUGUGUAGUUCAGGGAUUUUAACAUUGUGUGGUGACCGACUGAUAUUUAGACCAUAAGAUUGUACAUUUCGAGAAUGGAACGGGCAUGAACCUGAAUUUUGACCCGGAAGUCGUUCAGUUACUCAUUGGAUAAUAACUUGGGAGUUGCCUGCCUUUGCAUGCUGAUCCGCCUUUUCCUAUUGUAUACAAUAUGUCAAUUAUUUUUACGCAAAAGAAACAUUCAUUUUCCAACAAAAUUUAUAAUAAUUUUCAACGUGUUAUAUAUACUCUACAUUUUUAGAAAGAUAAUUAUACAAAAUUAAUAACGUUUUAGCAUAAUUUACCAGAAGUUGCCUUUGUGAUCUAACAAGGAACCAAAGCCACAUGGACUUGACACUAAUAUAUAACCCACGACGCAAUAUGUAAUAUAAUACAUAUACAUACACAGAUACAUGUAUGACAUUUGUUCAAAGUCCCUGUGCAGCACCAAUCAUAAUUAAAACGUCAUUACUAUUAAUUAUCAUUACCUAAUUUGAUACAUAGAUCAUAGAUAAUGUCCUAUUCGCUAUCCAAGCUAGUGUUCAAGUCGUGUACACCAAAUUCGUGUAUCUUAAUUCAUACAAAAUGGACCCUUGGCUAGCGAAGAUGAGAGUAAUGUAGAUUAACUUUGUGAUGGGAUUGACCGCUUCAUUAGUGAUGUUUUAGUAUUAUACUUUAGAUUGUCAUUACACCGACUAAUUAAUUCCUUAAUUGACUUCAAAUGUCAAAGGAGAAUUAAUAUGAAAUCGUUUUUCAUUCUCCCAAAAGUUCUUCAACUGAUGUUAUAUCACAACUCACCUUUUCUGGCCCUAUUUAUAGUUUUGAUGGGCCGUUAAAAAAUCAUAGCAUGGCUACCUAACAUCUACAUUUAACCACAUAUGAAAUGAUCACAUAAUACUAUCCAAUGUUCAAAAUUUACGAAAUUUAUUUAAGUAUGGGUUUUUGUAUCUACUCUCGGCCUAUGUAUUUUAACAAUAUAUUGAAUAAUGUUGUUGGUUCCUAAAUUCCCAUUGGAUGUACAUGUAUACACUUUUUGGCCCCUAACGUCACUGACGAGUCCUAGAAUGACGUAAAGAAUGUUUGAUAUACUGUUAUGUUACUUUCUACAUAUGUUAAGAUGCUUUUCAAUUGUGUGCCCUUUCAACAAUCCUUAAGAAAUGCGUUUUUAAACGUUGCAAAACCAAAUUCGUAAAAUUUGGGUCUGCAAGCGGACGUAUUCAUAAGUGCAUUAGAAUACUUUAUCGUAUACUCAAUUUUCUGUUCUCCAAUGGCUUAUAUUGUACCUAACAAUGCAUGGAGAUUUAAGACAUUCUACUGAACUUGAUUAGCAGUGCAACAACAUACUUUAUUUAGUCUGUGAAUAUAGAAAACCCUGAGUUUGUGUAUCUUUUUUAUUUAGCCUGUAAAUAUAUAGAAAACCCGGAGUUUGUAUCUCUGACUAUGAGCCAUGUUACUAAAUAUCGUUAUACUACUGUUACAAUUGUUGAAUUCUAAAUACACACAAAAAAUGUAUUAAAAUACCUUUUUUAUUUCUAUUAG